CUGAUGGAUCACAAUAUAUUAUUGAUGAUUUUCGUGAAGCUUAUUAUUGGCUACGAAAGAACACUGAUGAUUCUGCAAAAGUUAUGUCAUGGUGGGAUUAUGGUUAUCAAAUUGCUGGUAUGGCAGAUAGAACUGUUUUAGUAGAUAAUAACACUUGGAAUAAUACACAUAUUGCCACUGUUGGCAAAGCAAUGUCAUCUUCUGAAGAUGUUGCAUAUGAAAUAAUGAGACGACAUGAUGUAACUCAUGUACUCGUUAUUUUUGGUGGUUUAUUGGGAUAUUCUGGUGAUGAUAUUAACAAGUUCCUUUGGAUGAUUCGUAUCGCUGAAGGUGUUUAUCCUGAUGACGUAAAAGAAGGAAACUUUUUCACCGCACGUGGUGAAUAUAGAGUUGAUAGUGAAGCUACACCGACAAUGCGAAACAGUAUUAUGUAUAAAAUGAGUUAUUAUAAUUAUAAUGAACUUUUUGGUGGUCAAGGUCAGGAUCGUGUUCGUGGAGCUCGAAUGCCUGCAGACAAAAUUAAAUUGAGUACUCUUGAAGAAGCAUUUACAUCAGAAAAUUGGAUUGUAAGAAUUUAUAAAGUGAAAGAUUUAGAUAAUAUUGGUCGUCAUUUGGAACAAGCUGCUAAUUUUGAAGCAGGUAAAAAGAGUCGAAGGUCGAAAAAGAAGCAGUCUCAAAAAUGA